AUGGGACCUCCGGCGUCGCGUUGUACCUCUCUCAUCAUAGAUCCCAGCAAAUGUGAUGUGGCCUUUGAUUACUUCCCAGGAGCCAUCAGUGGCCACGGCAACUGCCACUUCACCAUCGUUGUGAGCCACCUCUGGCUGAGCGGGGACGGCAGUGUGCUGGCCCCAGAUGUUUCGAAGAAGUGCACCUCUGAGCGCGAUGCGACCAGCCUCCAGCGAGGCCAAGCCCCAAAAUAG